AUGCGUCUCGUCGAAAUUGGUGCUCUGCCGGAUGACUCGGAUCUCUCGCUUUGGGAAGCCAGUUGUGAGACUAUCGCUCAUCAAAUUUCACUGAAAUUGGCUCGAAAAGAAGGCGGACUCAUGGAAAUAUUCAAUGCCGUCGUCGCCUCGCUUCCCAGAAAAUCCGACGUCUUCCGAUAUUCGGCGAUUCAAUCGAAACAGAAUUUGGAGAAGGCUCAUCAGAAAUUAAUUGAGAAGAUCUCAGAAAUAAUACCGAUUUUGGUAGAAAGUGGAUGGAAGAAGAGUCCCGACUAUCAGAAGAAUAGUCUUAUCGAUUGUUUUUCGCUUCUAGAAGAGUCUGAAGCCGUCAAGAUAUUCCAGAAGGCACAGGAGAGUCGGACGAUUACAGAAGAUGACGUGGAUGAGUAUUUCGUGUUGUUUGAUAAGAAAUUCGAUCGUCUCCUGAACUACGGAAAACCACAAUUCGAAACUUCACUUGAUGACUCAACUCGUUCGAAAUACGCGAAUCUCUGUGUUGAAGUACUCGUCGCAAUUGGAGCUGCCGUUAAAAAUGCUCAGAAAAUCACCGCAUUUUUCGAUUCGCAAAAUUUGAAAGUUUCGAAAAUUUGGAUGACUCGAAUUCCGGAGAUUUUCGAAAAAAUAACGAAUGCAUACGAUUAUCCGACGUGUUUUGACGUGGCGAUGGCACUGGAUGGAUUUCCAUUGAGAAAAGUGUUCUUAGCUCGUCGAUUCGCACUUCAGUCAAUGCUCGAAGUAUUCAUUGAGAUGGCACCGGAAACAAAGUAUAAAGUUAGAGAACGAGUCAGACAGGAAUUGGAAAAACCGUCGAGAUUCGUUGGAUACGCUGCAGAACUCGGUCACUGUGAUCUACUCAACUCGUUUUCUCCGAAAAUCUCAAAACCAAUCGAUGAUUCCAGAAGACGUCUUGAAGUGGAGACGGUUGAACGUCUUCGUCGAUCGGGAUAUUUAGAGAAUCUCGGAACACCGUUAGACGAAUUGGUUAGGGCGCAAAUCGAGUCGAUACGAGAGAUAUUGCCACAUUUCUCGUCGGAAAUCAUUCAUCUCACUCUCCGUCAUUUCUCCUACGAUUCGGAAGCCACUCUGGCCAGUCUUCUCUCCAGAGAGAACCUCCCAUUAGAGCUACUUCGUAUUGAGAAUGUUGAGAUAAAAGCGGGUGUUGGAUCUGGUGAAUGGCCUCCUCUAGACUUCACAGCAUCAGAUGAAAUCGAGAAAACUGCAAGAAAAGAGAAAGAGGCGAAGGAUGAGGAGAUGAGAAAGAACAAUGAGAAGAAGGCGGCGAUGAAUCUCUUCUCGUUGGCCCCCAUUCUCUCCGAUCGGCCGCCAUCACCCCCUGUCGAUGAACAAGCUGAACUACGUGCUCGCGCUCUUGCCUAUCGAUCAUCCGUCCUAUCUAAACUCCAGAAUAUUCGUUCCGCCCAGAAUCCCACGUCAUCUACAGACGCAUCGGGUAAAAUCGCCGUCGACGCGGAGAAUCUCGUUCCGAUGGCCACUUCGAAAAAGUAUUCGGCGUUGAAUUCGCUGAAAAUCAGUGAAGCUGAUAAGGUGGCAAUUCGACCGACGUAUGAUAAAUAUCGAUAUGAGACACCGAAUAGUGAUGAAGAAGGGAAUGGAAGAGGGAUUUAUGAUGAUGAAUACGAUGAUGAAUUCGAUGGAAGAGAAUUCAAAAUGGAGAGGUUGAACCAAGAACUGGAAACAUCAUCCGACGAUGACGAUACGAUUGGAGCUUCAUCUGGACCACCGGGACUUUCAGGACAACCGAAAAGUGGAAAUCAAAGUAGAGGAGUAUCAUCUGGAGGACACCGUGGUGGACGUGGUCCAGGAGGCGGUGGACGUGGAGGAACGACGACUUCUGGAGCUUCGACAAUGACGUCAUCAGAAGGAUACACCGGUGGACGUGACCGUCAGAUGAAGGAACGUCACAAGUCGGAUCACAAACAACGUGGAGCGGAUAGGAAGAAAAGAGGCGCCUAUUGA